AUGUCCGACGACGACGACGCCGCCUUUUCGCUCGACUCUGUCUUCACCGAGGCCCCGCGCCCGCCAACCCCGCCCGCCACAACCGCAAUCUACACCCGCGAGAACGAGGACAUCGAUGACGACGACUGGCACGAAGUGCACAUCAGACUCGUCGGCUCGCACCCCCUCUGGGGGCACUACCUGUGGAACGCCUCGCGCGCCUUCGCGGCCUUUCUGGACCAAAACCCGGCGCUCUACCGCGGGCGCUGCGUCCUCGAGCUCGGCGCGGGCGGCGGGCUGCCCGGGCUCGUCGCCGCGCUCAACGGCGCGCACAAGGCGGUGUUGACGGACUACCCCGACAAGGAGCUGCUGGAGAACUUGGAAUCUAACGUGAAGACGAACAUCCCGGAGAGCGCGGGCCGCGUGGUCGUGCAGGGAUACAUCUGGGGCCAGCCCGUCGAGCCGCUGCUCGCGCACGCGGGCGGGGCCGGCUUCGACCUCAUCAUCCUCUCCGAUCUCGUCUUCAACCACUCCCAGCACGACGCCCUCCUAACCACCUGCGAGCGCGCCCUCUCCGAUUCCCCCUCCCCAGACAACCCCCCGUGCGUGCUCGUAUUCUACACGCACCACCGCCCGCAGUACGCCGCGCGCGACCUCGCGUUCUUCGCCAGGGCCCGCGCGCGCGGGUGGGCGUGCGCGGAGGUCCUCACGCGCAGGUACCCGCCGAUGUUCCCCGAGGACCCGGGCGAGGAGGAGGUGCGCGCGACGGUGCACGGGUGGCGGCUCGCGAGGGCGGCGCGAUGA